AUGACCUUAGAUUUCAAUUUGCUCUUACAGCAAACUAAAGUAUCCUACAGCUACGUAGCUCCUACAGCAAACCAAAGUAUCCUACAGCUACGUAGCUCCUACAGCAAACCAAAGUAUCUUACAGCUCCAUAUAGCUCUUACAGCAAACUUAAGUAUCUUACAGCUCCAUGUAGCUCCUACAGCAAACUAAAGUAUCUUACAGCUCCAUAUGGCUCCUACAGCAAACUAAAGUAUCUCUCAGUUCCACAUACCUUCUACAGCAAACUAAAAUGUCUUACAGCUCCAUAUAGCUCCUACAGCAAACUAAAAUAUCUUACAACUCCAUGUUGCUCAUACCGCAAACUAAAUUAUCUUACAGCUUCAUAUAGCUCCUACAGCAAACUAAAGUAUCUUACAGCUCCAUAUAGCUCCUACAGCAAAUUAAAGUAUCUCACAGUUCCACAUAUCUUCUGCAGCAAACUAAAAUGUCUUACAGUUCCAUGUAGCUCCUACAGCAAACUGAAGUAUCUCGCAGCUCUGCAUAGCUCCAACUGCAAACUAAAAUAUCUUAGAGUUCCAUGUUACUCCUAUAGCAAACUAGAUUAUCUUGUAGCUUCACAUAGCUCCUACAGCAAACUAAAGUAUCUUACAGCUCCAUUUAGCUCCUACAGCAAACUAAAGUAUCUUACAGCUCCAUUUAGCUCCUACAGCAAACUAAAGUAUCUUACAGCUCCAUUUAGCUCCUUCAGCAAACUUAAGUGUCUUACAGCUCCAUGUAGCUCCUACAGCAAACUGAAGUAUCUCACAGCUCUACAUAGCUCAUACAGCAAACUAAAAUAUCUUACAGUUCCAUGUUACUCCUACAGCAAACUACAUUAUCUUGCAGCUUCACAUAGCUCCUACAGCAAACUAAAGUAUCUUACAGCUCCAUUUAGUUCCUUCAGCAAACUAAAGUAUUUUACAGCUUCAUGUAGCUCCUACGGCAAACUGAAGUAUCUCACAGCUCUACAUAGCUCCUACAGCAAACUGAAGUAUCUCACACUUUUAUGUAGGUUCUACAGCAAACUAAAGUAUCUCACAGCUCUGCAUAGCUCCUACUUCAAACUAAAUAUCUUACAGCUCCAUGUUCCCCCUAGAGCAAACUAAAAUAUUUUGCAGCUCCUAUAAUAAACUGAAGUAUCUUACAGCUCCAUAUAGCUCCUACAGCAAACUGAAGUAUCUUACAGCUCCAUGUAGCUCCUACAGCAAACUAAAGUAUCUCAAAUCCAUGUUGCUUCCACAGCAAACAAAAGUAUCUUGGGUAGGUGAGGGGGGGGGGGUUCAGUUCAUUAAUGUGAUUGUUCUUCUUAAUAUAAUGUGCAGAUGUCUUUAAUAAGUUAAUUCAGUAUUAUAUCUAUAAGAUACAGGCAGUGCUUCGAUUCAGUGAAAUAACUGUGACCAAUUUGAUUAAAAAUAACAUUUUCAGAAAUAAUGGAUAGCUGAUCUCAAUGAUGUGAUUUUGUAAUACAGUAUUCUCCAUCAUAUGGUACAUUGUCAUUGUUCUCAUGCACAAGCACUUUUCAAAUCUCGUAUAGUUCAUGUCCUGCAUUGAAGGUUUUUGGUUUUAUGGUCAUUUUUUUUUCCAGACUUACUGUUCUGAUUUCAUAAGUGAGAUUAACUCAGUAACAAAGAUCAGACUGUGUGAUAUGUCUUCUGUGGGAGAAUUGUCUGUUAUUAAAAUAUUUGUCAUUUUCUGUAACUUCACAGUGCUUCUUGUCAGAAUCAAUUUGAGAGACUUUGUUAUUUUUCUUAUGUAUUAAACAUGUUUACUCUUUCAUGAUGUUCUUUCUGGAAUUUUGGAGAACUGAGAACUGCUUUAUUUCACCUUCAUGGAAAGAACAUGAAUUGACAGUGAGUUUGACAGUAAGAAAAAAAGUGGUCAAAAGUUUUUGAUUUCACAUACUAACUUGGAAUUUAAAUUUAUUUAAAACUAAAAAAAUAUAUUAAUUCUUUCUAUAUUAUCCUUAAAAGAUGCUUCAUUAUUUUUAUGAUAGACUUUUAUAAAAAAGAAGUCUAACAUGCCUUUUAACUGGAACUUAUUAGUUAACUAAUUUUUUUUUGUCCAGUAUAACAAAUUUGUGGAAAGGUGUUAUUAGAAGUAACAGAUUUAAAAUAUUUGUUGGCAAGUUAAGAAUUUUGAGCCUAUAUGGGUAAGAGAAGUAAGAAUUUAUUAAUACCAAUUUUUUCAACAUAAACUGUUUUGCAAAUGAAGAAGAUCCUUUUUUCUUUUAAUUGACAUAUAAAGCAUAUCUCUACUGUUCUUCUUACACCUAAAUCAUUUUCUGUAGAAUUGAUAUCUUGUUUUAUUAUGUUCUUUGCAUUCUGUCGUAUUUCAAGUAAUUAUUUGUAUAAUAGAAUACCAACAUUAUCUUGCUCUUCAUAAUUAAAGUAAAAUUAGAUUUAGAGAUAUAUGUAUAUAUAUAUAUAUAUAUAUAUAUUGUCAUUUUCCAAUUUUUCUAGAAUAUUCAUUCCAUUCUCAUGAUCAGAUAUAAUUCUAUAUAAGUGUGUGGAAGAAGAUUAAAGGCAGAUGACUGAUUUUUAUAGAAUAGGGACAAGUGUUAUUAACUUUGUUGCGUUUAAGUAAUACAAGAAGUGAUUUUGUAAUGCAGUUUGAUCUUUCAAGCUGAAAUUCUCCAAAGGAAUGACUCCUAAA